UCUCCCCAAGGGAAGACAUAAAGCAGUUGUCCCCCCCUCUCAGCUCCUGCUCCAGGUGGCUCCUCCGGGCAUGCUCCUUAAGCCAAAGUAUGGCCGCUUUCGCAAUGAGUCUGUGACCUCCUCCGACGACCUGAUGCAGAGCUUAGCCAUGAGCGGCAAAGUUGUGGCCACGCCGGUGGUCCCCUCCUCCACCCCCAGCCUCCGCCUGCCUCCUCUGCCUCCUCUGCCUCCUCUGCCUCCUCUGCCUCCUCUGGACCCCACUUCCAGGUCCUCCUCCUCUGCUGGGGCUGCAGCCCUGGCUGACUCCCCCUGCCUGGAUGGGGAGCAGGAUGCCACCACAACCUUCUGCAUGCUCAUCCCCAAGAUGCCCCAGUGGAAGUUCUCCAACUCGCUGCUCAGCCGGAGCCCGUCCAACUCCAGCUCCAGCUCCAGCUCCAGCUCCAGCAAGGACUCGGGGAAGGCAGCAUCAGCUCCUUCCCAGGCCUCCUCCUCUUCAUCCUCACACAGGCCCAGCGGUGUGACCUCAGUCAGCGGCCCGGUGGCCAGCCUGGCAGCAGUGCUUAACUCCUGUGACCCUGUGUGUGUCACCCCCUGUUCCCUGCAGGCCAUCCGGGGACAGAGAGCGGUGGCGGCGGCCGCAAGUUCUGCCGGUCCAGGGGACCACGGAUUUGGAGCUCCAGAGGUCAUGGUGAGCCCUGGUGGGUCCAGCAGCUCCAGAAUGAACCGCAGGACAAGGGGGGAAGGCAUGUGGCUGGGGGGAGAGGACUUCAACCAAAAGGGCAGCUUCAUCCACAAACCCUCUCAAGGCUGGUUGCACCCUGACAAGACGAUCACAGGACAAGGAGCCUCUUACAUCGUCAGGUACAUGGGCUGCAUCGAGGUGUUGAAGUCGAUGCGAUCCUUGGACUUCAACACGAGGACUCAGGUGACGAGGGAAGCCAUAAACAGGCUGUGUGAAGCUGUACCAGGUGGGAAAGGAGCCUGGAAGAAGAAGGCCCUGAACAAAGCUCUGCAGUCGAUCAUGGGGAAGAGCAACCUGCGAUUUGCAGGAAUGAGCAUCGCUGUCAACAUUUCCAUAGAUGGCCUCGGCCUGCUGGUUCCUACCACACGACAGGUGAUAGCACACCAUCCCAUGCAGUCCAUCUCAUUUGCAUCUGGUGGAGACACAGACACACCGGAUUAUGUUGCGUAUGUGGCCAAAGACCCGGUGAAUCAGAGAGCCUGUCAUAUCCUUGAAUGUUCGGAUGGUUUAGCGCAGAGUGUCAUCAGCACCAUCGGACAAGCCUUCGAGCUGCAGUUCAAACAGUAUCUGCACAGUCCUCCUAAAACCAUGGCUUCAGGUGACAGGUCUGCGAGGUCGGGGGAGGACGAGGACUCCUCUGACCAUCAUUACUACAACCGCAUCCCAGGGAAGGAGCCUCCGGUUGGGGGAGUGGUGGACUCCAGGCUCAGGUCCAGUGGAGCUCCGCUGGGUCACAUCCACACUCAGCCACAGAGCAAGACAGCAGCUCAGGUGGGAUCUCAAGCUAGGAGGGAUCAAGCUUGCUACCACCCUGGUCAGCUGUGUUAUGAGCUUCACUGGGACACUGAGAGGACUUACAGCUCAGGUGAGACUCCCAAUGGUUACCUGUGUGCUGAUAGUCAGCCACCAGCCAGUAAAAACUAUGAGACGCAUCAGUAUGUUAACACCCAGAGUCGGGAAAAUCUGGAAUCCCUCGCUCAGGCUUCUGAUGUACGCAGAGGACCUAGGCCAGCUGACAGUCCCAAAAAAGACCUGUUUGACAUGAGGCCCUUUGAGGAUGCCCUGAAGCUCCAUGAGGCCUAUGGUGGAGCUGUUGGAUCCAGUGCAUCUGGAGGUUCUGUCUCUCAGGCUGGAGGUGUUCGGGUGUUGGAGGACCAGUGGCAUAGCCCUCCACAGCGCAGGGCCCCUGUGGCCCCGAAUGAGGAGCAGCUCCGCAGGGAGACCUGGUACCACAGCCGGAUGAGCCGACGAGAUGCUGAGAAACUCCUGGUCCGAGACGGAGAUUUUCUCGUGCGGCAGAGCACCACCAACCCAGGGCAGUAUGUGCUAACCGGCAUGAACUGUGGACUGCCCAAACACGUACUGCUAGUGGACCCUGAGGGAGUGGUCCGGACCAAAGACAUGUUAUUUGAGAGCAUAAGCCACCUCGUCUCAUACCAUAUGAAGAACAAGCUGCCUAUUGUAGCAGCAGACAGUGAGGUUCAUCUCAAACAGGUGGUCAGAAGGAAACGAUGAGUCUCCUGGAACUGCGUGGGGAUGGAUAAACCAAAAUAUCCCUCAUCUGUCAUGAACUCCUCAGCAUGCAGCUAUUAAGCUAACGAACCAAGCAGAAAGCCACAGUUUGUCCUGUGUCACAACUGGAUAAUCACAAACCGAGGUCAAAAACGAAACUCUUAAGGAGGACCCAACCUCAGGAAAUUACAAAUGGAUCCGAUGCGCAGUGAAGAAAUGCCCUACAGCGCCUGUAAUACUGAAGUGCUUCCAGUAAUCCUCGACUUGCACGAGCAGAUCAUUCAUCUAACCACUGAUGGACAUCGCCAGAACAGAACUGUCCCUGACUUUCUGGUGCAGGUUGCAUAUUCAGCAGCUCAUUUCAGUAUAAAUGCAAGAAAUGACCACAAGAGUCAAAGGACAACAUGCCACUGGAAUGUAAAGACUGUUGUUCACAGGUUCUGCAGUAUCUGAGAAGGCACAAAAGAGCCACAUCCUUCUGCAUUUUUUUCUCCAUAAUGUAUAAGCAUCAAAUCCUGUUUAUAAAAGAGUCAUACUAUAGCUCCAGUCCAGUGAAGAUACACAUUUCAUCACAUCAUUAUCAGUCAUUUGUGUUGUUUGUAAGGGCUGUUCAUAACUGGGUGAGGUCAUGUGUUGUAUAAGCCUGUGAACAUUACUGAUCAGACUGUGGUGAAUCCUGGAUUUAAGAAAAAAAACUGCUUUUGUGUAUAUCGACAUCAGUUUUUCCUCAAUCCCCUCCAACUUCAGUGCCUUAAUAACUACACAGACAGGCGUUCGUGUCAGAGUGUAUAUAAUGUGCAUUUAUGCUCCUCUUUGCAAAAGACUAGUUUUUUGCCAUGCCAUUGAAUAAAUGAACAAACUUCAGGAUGAUUAAGCUCUUUUAAUUGGGAACAGUCACGUAAGCUGCUCUUGUUUUGGGGUGAAUAAUGUUUAAUACCUUCUUUGUGGUCUUGAUUGUCGUAUGUGCAUCCCCCAGAUGACUCUUCUAAAAGAUCCUCUGUGACUGACCUCAAAGUAGAGAUCUGGACUUGAAAUUAAAUCCUUUAUUUGUCCCAGCUCAGGGAAAUGCAUCUCUUUAUCGAUUGUCCUCAUCCCACGUCCGUGUCAUUAAUUUUCAAUGAAUUGCUUGUGUGUGUUUCUGCUCCUUGGAUGCACUGUCCCUACCCCAUUUUUGCCAGUGUAAUACUUCUAAAAUAUGCUUUUUAAGUUUCUAGCUUUUUUUUUUUUUCUUUUCCCCUUUGUCUUUAGGAAUGUACAUUUAAUCAGGGCCUCCACUGUUCUUCAUGUUGGCCUCACGAAUGCACAGAGAUGAGGUAAAGUGUUGGUCAAGUCCAAAUGAUUAAUGCAGUUUCUGUUUUCUAUAGAGCUCCCGUUUUGCUUUCUCAGGAAUUUCUUGGAUCUUUACUUCUGUGAUUAACAGUCAAGGCUUUUUGUCAAUAAAAUUAAUUAAAAGUAGAGUGCAAUUUAA